AUGUCCGCCCCCGUCAUGGUAACCGUCCUCUACCCUGCGUCGCAAGACCUCACCUUUGACAUGGAUUACUAUCUCGAAACGCACAUGCCCUUUGUCGAGGGCCUCCUGAAGCCCUUCGGCUUGCAGCAGGCCUUCGCCGUUGACCUCCGGGGCACAGACUCGCCCUACGCUGUGCAAGCCAUCAUGGUGUUUGAGACAGGCGUCGAGGGCCUCCAGAAGGGAAUGCAGGCGCACGGAGAGGAGAUCACGGCCGACGUCGCCAAAUUCACCAAUGCGAAAGCGACCCGCUUGAUCGGCGGGGUGAAAUAUCCGGGGUCGGCGUCAUGA